AUGAAGUUGGCUUUCCUGCUUGCUGCUCUUUUUCCUAUAGCUCACCUUCCAGAAGCUCAAGCUGCCAAUGCUCCUCUAGACAUAUGGGUCAAGCAGAUAUGGAACGAGUUCAAGGACGCCGUGGAUUGCGGAACAUGCCAGGCACUGCUCGGCGGGCUCAAACUUGCUGCCGGCUUUGGAGAAGAAUUUUUGAAGGAUGUGCUGAUUGGAGUUUGCGACAGUAGUCGAGCCGAUGAUCCAGAUGUUUGUGCUGGGAUCAUGACCAAUGAGCUACCGGGUGUUUACUAUGCCAUCAAAAAUAUGCAUGUCGGGUCGCAUACAGCCAAGACCCUCUGUUCAGCCCUCGUUGGCCUGUGUGAUUUCCCCAAUGUCCGUCCAUACGAUCUCAAGUUUCCAUCGCCAAAGCCCGACAAGCGCCGACCCCCUCCCAGUGGAAAAGCUCCCCUCAAGGUGGUUCAUUUCACGGACACGCAUGUCGACUUGUCAUACGAGGCUGGGUCGAACUCUGAAUGUACUAAGCCCAUUUGCUGCCGCACGUUCGAAGCGCAGGAUGCCCCCGGAAUGACGAGCAAUCCGUGUGGCCCAUUUGGGAAUACAAAAUGCGAUGCGCCUGAGCAGCUUCAAGCGAGUAUGAUGACUGCGAUUGCAAGCAUGAAUCCAGCAUUCUCAAUUUACACCGGAGAUGUGGUCGCUCAUGACGUCUGGCUUGUGGACAAAGCCGAGGUUCUGGAAGACUUCAACAAGACCUACGGCAUGAUCGAAGCGCAUCUAGGUCUCGUUUAUCCCGCCAUGGGGAAUCACGACACAGCUCCGCUGAAUCUUGUACCGUCCGAUAAGCUUCCCGGGAGGUUCAAUCCUCAAUGGGCGUACGAUGCUCUGACGUCCAGCUGGUUUGCUCUCACGGGCGCCGAAAGCGUCAGCCACGCGACCAAAUACGGCUCCUACUCUGCGAUGCACCCGAACAAAUACGGCUCCUACUCUGCGGUGCACCCGAACAGUAAUCUCCGAAUCAUAUCCUACAACAGCAUCUUCUACUACAAGUACAACUUCUUCUCCUACACCGAACCAAUGGAAUAUGACCCGGACGGCCAGUUCGCAUGGCUGAUCAACGAGCUUCAAUCCGCCGAAUCGGCGAACCAACGCGUCUGGCUCAUCUCCCACAUCCCAUCUGGAGACAUCGAUCACUUCCGCGACCACUCGCACUACUUUGACCAGAUCGUUCAACGCUACGAGGCCACCAUCGCCGCACUCUUCUACGGACACACCCACACCGACGCAUUCCAAAUCUCAUAUUCCGACUACAAGAAUCGUAACCACAACACCGCCAACUCAAUAGGCUACAUCGCCCCAUCAAUGACCCCAACUUCCGGCUCGCCCUCAUUUCGCGUCUAUGAAAUCGAUCCCGAGACCUACGCCGUCAUGGACUACACCCAGUACAUCGCCAAUAUCACCGAUCCGUCCUUCCAGGCCAACCCAGUCUGGAUCCCUUACUACUCCGCCAAAAAAGACUAUGGCAGCACUCUCGCCCCUUCACCACCAGACACAGCCGAGCUCACACCGGCCUUCUGGCACAACAUCACCGUGGCAAUGGAGAACGAUCCUUCCGUGUUCGACUCGUACUGGGCGAGACGGACUCGUGGGUACAAGGUUCCUUCGUGUAGUGCGGACUGUCAAAGGACUCAGAUCUGCGCUUUACGAGGAGCAGAUGCUCAAUAUAGCUGUGUGAAGCGAACGCCGGGAUUGAGUCUGUCGAAGCGUGGGGGAGUGGACGAGGUGCGGGAUCACCCGUUACUGAGCAAAAGGUUUCAUCCGGAAUGUAAUCAUGCUGGUAUGGCGCCUUUGUUGGCGAAAAUCGCUUACCAGGCUCAGGUGGCUAGGGCGAAUGGCGAGUGA